AUGUUAUACCUUUUUUCAGCCGUCGGAGCAUGUCCUAAUAUUGUCAGUAGAUCAGAAUGGGGAGCUAGAGCACCAACCCAUAAAUCCUACCUUUCUCAUCCAGUUAAAUAUGCGUUCAUCCAUCAUGGAGAGAGUGGAGCUUGUCAUGACAAGUCUUCUUGCUCUGCUAUUGUCAGAAGUUACCAAAAUUAUCACAUGAACACACAUGGUUGGAGUGAUAUUGGUUACAGUUUCCUGGUUGGUGAAGAUGGUAAUGCCUAUGAAGGACGAGGAUGGGAUAGAAUCGGCGCACACACAAAGGGGUACAACUCAGUAGGUCUUGGAUUCUGCAUGAUUGGAAACUUCAUGACCCAUUUACCCAACAGUGCAGCUCUCUCUACAGUCAAGAACAUGAUUGCCUGUGGUGUUUCUAUGGGUAAAAUCUCCAGCAGCUAUGUAUUGAGAGGACAUCGUGAUAUGGGAUCUACUGAUUGUCCUGGUACUGCCUUAUAUAACCAUAUCAGAACCUGGCCCCAUUAUUAA